AUGCCUUCAGAAGCUGGUCACAGACUUUACGUGAAGGGUCGUCACCUUUCCUACCAGCGUAACCGCCACACGACGCACCCUAAGACCAGUCUGAUCAAGAUCGAGGGUGUUGACGACACCAGCGCUGCCAACUUCUACCUUGGCAAGAAGGUCGCCUACGUCUACAAGGCCCAGAAGGAGGUUCGCGGAUCCAAGCUCCGCGUCAUCUGGGGCAAGGUCACCCGCCCCCACGGAAACUCCGGUGUCGUUCGUGCCAAGUUCACCCACCCUCUGCCCUCCCGAUCUUUCGGUGCCUCGGUUCGCAUCAUGCUCUACCCUUCUGCGAUAUAA